AUGCAAUGCUGCAAGCUAUGUGUGAGGGAGACCAAAAACUCAGGUGUUCUACUCCGAGCGCGUUACCGGAGCGUGUUCUACCCGCGUUUUGUCACGGAUAGAAAACACGUUAUUCGGAAUGCGCCACGCACGCGUAUCAUACGAGCGGUAAUUCCAAGUUUGCAGGGAGAUGCUGCGACGCAGUCCCCCCCGGACCUCCCUUCGUUUAUUUUUCAAGAAAGAAUCGUGUACUUGGGGAUGACACUAGUACCGUCGGUGACAGAACUUAUUCUUGCGGAACUAUUGUACCUGCAGUACGAAGAUAAGAAAAAACCGAUUCAACUGUACAUAAACUCCACGGGGUCAUCAAAGGAUGGGAAAAAAUAUGGAUAUGAUAGUGAAGCUUUCGCUAUAUAUGACACAAUCCAAUAUGUUUCUCCACCAGUACAUACCAUAGCAGUAGGGACAGCUUGGGGAGAAGCAGCCAUGCUAUUGGCGUCAGGCAGCAAGGGUCAGCGUGCGGCGUUGCCUUCAGCAAGCAUUAUGCUGAAACAGCCACUGAGCUCAUUCCGUGGACAGGCGUCAGAGUUAGAAAUCCAACGACAAGAGAUGAGGAACACAAAAAAGCAGAUGCUAGACAUAUUAGCGAAGACAACAGGCAGGGACAUAGCGACGAUCGAAACUGACAUAAAUCGGCCAUUAUAUUUUGAGCCUAGCGAGGCAAUCAAAUACGGCCUAAUCGACAAGGUAUUGAUGCAGUAA